UUUUCUCUUACAUUAAAUAACAAAGCAAAUGCAUCUUUUGGCAUUCUCGAACAGCAAUAAAAUUGUAAAAAAGCAAAGAGGAAAAACAAAGAAAAAAUACAAAACAUACAUGGAGUUUGAAGAUUUAGUAGAGCCAGUUAGCCCUACUGGCCAAUACUUCAAUAACUCUACCUUGUCCAUUUCGAUUCUUGGAGUUCUUGAAUCUGAGAUUCCGAUUGAUAUUACUGAUGCUCAAGCUUUAUCACUGCUCAAGGAUGUUUUCCUUCCCAUCAACCAACGUUUCUCCUCCAUCAUGGUUGAGGACAAAAAGGGAAGAAAAAUUUGGAAAAAAGUUGAAGUAUUUCUUGAAGAUCAUAUUAAAAUUCCCAUUUUUCCUUCUGGCUUAUCCCCUGAAUCAUACGACGAGUGUUUUGAUGACUAUUUAUCAAAACUAUCACUUGAAAGAUUUCCGCAAGACAAACCUCUUUGGGAAGUUCAUAUAUUCAAGUAUCCAACAACAAAUGCAGCUGGUAAUGUUAUAUUCAGGCUCCAUCAUGCUCUUGGUGAUGGUUACUCCAUAAUGGGUGCUCUUCUUUCGUGUUUACAAAGGGCUGAUGAUCCAUCUCUUCCGUUAACCUUUCCUUCGCGACAAAGAUCGAAAUCCACCAAUGUCCACCGUGAGAAAAUAAGUGUAUUUUCUUAUGUUCCUAAACUUUUCUCAUCGGUUUUCAAUACCAUAUACGAUGUGAGUUGGGGCAUCUUAAAGAGUAGUUUACUUGAAGAUGAUAAAACACCAAUAAGAUCUGGAAAUGAUGGACUUGAGUUUCAGCCAACUGCAACAACAAGCAUGUGGUUUUCUCUUGAUCAAAUCAAGUUAAUCAAGACCAAGCUUGGAGUGACAAUAAACGAUGUGAUUGCGGGGAUAACAUUCUUCGGUGCUCGACUCUACAUGCAAGAGAAUAAUAUUAGUCAAGAAUUGAACACAAAAAACUCAAACUCCACAGCUUUGGUGUUACUCAGUACAAGAAUGCUUGUUGAUUACAAGUCUGUUAAGGAGAUGACCAAAGUUGAAGCAGAAAUGCCAUGGGGAAAUCGAUUUUCCUUCUUGCACGUACCAAUACCACACUUUAGCGAAUGUUCCGAUCCGCUCGACUUUGUAUUUUAUUCGCAGAAAAUCAUCGAAAGGAAGCGAAGAUCAUUCGCUGUUCUUGUCACCAGCAGAUUAUUGGAGAUUAUGCACAAACUUAAAGGCUAUGAAGCAGUAGCUCGAUACAUCCACAGUACAUUGAGCAAUGCGAGCAUGACAAUCUCGAAUAUAAUUGGCCCUGUGGAACAAAUGGCUUUGGCUAAUCAUCCAGUUAAAGGAUUAUAUUAUACGGUCGCUGGUUCACCUCAGGGCCUUGAUAUAUCGGUUAUAAGUUAUAUGGGAAAACUGAGAGUUACUUUUGGUGUUAAAAAAGGGCACAUAGAUUGUCACAAAUUCAAGUCAUGUAUGGAAAAUGCCUUCCACAUCAUUUUCAAAUCUUCUCAGAAAAAUCCUACAAAAGACAAAUUUAAUUAAGAAAGGAAAACUAUCAUAUAUAUAUAUAUAUAUACAUACACAUAUACAGUUUUACUAUAAAGAAGAUCAAGUUCAUUUAAAAGAUAAUAAUCUAAAACCGAACAUUAUUUUGAAAAGGUUAAUUUUGCUCUAAAGUGGACACUCUAUCAUGCAAUAGCCUACAUAGUGGAUAUGUCUAUUCUGGAGCAAAAUUAACCCUUCUAAAAUAAUGUCUGACGUCAUAUACUUAUCUUAUAUAGUGAAUUUGAUCUUAUUUAUAACAAAACUGUAAAUAUAUAUAUAUAUAUAUAUAUCAUUUUUUCAUUCGGAACUGUCAUGCAACAUGUUGUUAGAUUUUGUCCUAGACAAUCCUGAAUGGGCAUAUUUCUCCCGAAUGAAAAAAAUAGCAAUAAUAAUAAUAUAUAUACAUAUUUUCUGUUAUGCAAACAUUUGUAUGCUUUUAUUUUAUGGAUACAUAUUAAAUAACAUAUUAUCUGAUAUCUUUUUUUAAAUAA